AUGGUUUUCGAUCUCCUUGAGCGCCGAAAAAAGAAAUUUGUGCUCUGGAUACCUUCAGGACAGGUGUUCACUCCGUCGCUAGUACUGGGAACUUUUAGCCAUGUUCCUCAGGCUACUGUAACGGAAUUCUUCACAGGCCCGCUUAAACGUUCAGACAUACCCGAUCUGUGGGAACUCGAUCCAAAGGACAUAGAACCGCCAUUAAAGAAUGGCACAGUCUAUCACUACUGGUUCGAGCUCCAGAGCACAUCACCGGAUCAUCCAGCCACUUUUCGGGUGGCCGAUCCGUUUGCAUACACGGUAGACUACAGAGCCACAAAGAACCGGGACGAAAACAUCCAGCCUCCUUCUGUGACCAAGUUCCGCGAUGACAGCAAUGGAAGACUAUGGCCUUGCGACAUAGAUGGAAAUGAGCCUAGUCCGGUGGAAGUCCCGCCGCAAGAUGCAAUGUCAGACAAUAAUCAUAUGGUGAUCUACGAGCUCCCAGCUUCCUGGGCCAAAUAUAAGCCAUUUGGUGGCGUACAAAUCGAUGUUGGCACUUUCAGUGAUGUCCUGGCUCUAUUCGACAAGAAUACUACUGGCCAACGUUUCAGAGAAAUCCCGCAAGUUGCCUCGAGAGCUAUCGUGGCUGACCUGGGUAUCAAUGCACUGGAGCUCCUCCCUGCUGCAGACGCAUGGCCAACAGGUGAAUGGGGGUAUGCUACCGCUCACUACUACGCUCCUGACUUCGAUCUUGGAACUUCCUCGGAGUUAGUAAAGCUGGUGGAGGGCAUCCACAAAAUGGGAAUUCGAUUUCUCACAGAUGUCGUGAUGGCUUUCGGACAUGAUCCAUAUAUAUCGAUUGCCUUCACGCAGUUUCAUCUUAACCCGGAAGAUGAGAAGGAAAAUCCAGAUAGCUACGUAUCUCACUCCGGUGAACUCCGAAACCCGUGGGGUGGAACAUUAUGGCGCUACAUCCAAGAAAUCAACACGUAUAAUCCAGAAUCAGGUGCACAGGAAAACGUCCAUCCUUCACAGGCCUUUCAUCAUGGCCAGCUUCAUCGGUGGAUGUCAGAUUUCUGUGUCGAUGGUCUGAGGCUUGACAGUAUCGAAAAUAUCGCGAACUACGAUUUCAUCAAAUCAUACAAAGAGAAAGCAUGGUCUCUCUACAAGUCAAGAUACGGAAACGGUUCCUCGAAAUUCCUCGUCAUUGGCGAAGAGAUCAAAAAUGUCCCUAUCGACAUGAUAUCUAAAGACACUCUCAAUACCCUCUGGAACGAACCUUUCCAAGAACGCCUCCGUGCCGCUAUUAUUGGGGAAUCAUCGCACGGUGACAAUUUUGAAUGGACGGUCCGCAAGAUGAUCAACUGCACGCUAGAUAGCGCGCACCCUUUCACAGAUUGUGCACAAGCAGUAAACUACAUUACCUCUCACGACGUCGAGGGAUUUCGUAAAGAGCGCCUCUUUGACUUCCUUUGGUUCGCACAUGUCUAUGACAUCGAACGACGAACUAAACUCGCAUUCACAUGCUUAUUGACAGCCGUCGGUAUCCCGAUGAUCUUCGCGGGCGAGGAGUUUUGUGAUCAAAUGGACCGUCCGACAGGGCAGAAACAACUCGAUCCGGUGAAUUAUGAGCGACUCAUGCGAGACUGGAGAAGCAGAGUCUUUAAUUAUGUUGCAACGCUUGUGGAUUUGAGGAAGAAAUGUCCGGCCCUGGGUUACAAUGAUACUGAGUUCAUUCAUGUAGAUCAGAGUCAAGGGGGGAAGAUUAUGGCGUGGAAGAGAGGAGCACCGGCUCAGGCACCGGUGGUUGUCGUGGCUAAUUUUACAGAUCAGGACACACCUGGUACGGAGUAUAUUGUACACAAUUGGCCACAGCGGGGGAGGGAGGAUUGGAGGGAGGUUACACAGAGGAGGAAUGUGCCAAAGGAGUGGGUUGGACGGGAGCCCUUGAUGCAUUGGGAGGCAAAGGUUUAUACUUAUUGGUGA